AUGAACCAUGUUGAUGAGAAGUACCAGCUUUCAACACCACUUGUGUUUUUUAACCACCACGAGUAUUUGGUGCUGAAAGGAACACCUUCAUUGGUGGUGAACCAUUUCCCCAAUAUAUAUGCAGAUGCGCCAUUGCAUACCAGGGUAAUAAGAAUCCCGCGGUGGUAUUGCAAUGAGUAUUCAGAUUUGAUACCUCAGUUUUCAACUGUAUACCCCGGAGACGAGGAAGGGGCAAUUAAUGGUGGAGAUGCGGUGGGAAACUACGACUUGAACAAAUUUGGCGUCACUUCUAAAGUUUUGGGAUUGGAUCUGGUUAUAAGUAAGGACGAGCUUUAUAAGGUAGUGCUUGAGAUUAACAAUAUUCUAAGCGAAGCGUUUACGCCAUACUCAUUGUGCACUGCAGUGGAGAAUAUCUUGGAUAUACUAACGGGCGGGAUGUCCACUCUUGUAUGGAACCAUAUUGGUGGCACACAUACAAACAGAACUCUACGGAAACUAGAUACAUUGAUUGAUGAGCAGAACAAACAUUUCAAGGAAGCAGGUAUCGACUUGGUUGUAGUUUCACCACAAACAACCGGGUACUUAUCAUUCAUUGCCGAGAUCCAAGAGCUCUUUACCAAGUCUGGGGUAUUUGCUAGCGACUUGAAGUUGAUGAGAGAGAAAAUAGAGUAUGAUCUCAGCCGCGAUAGGAAAUGGAAACAUCGUGCACAACAAAAAGCCAAGGCUGCAAAGAUCAAGAUUGGACAUGGAGGAACGUUGGACCCCAUGGCAAGUGGCGUGCUUGUUGUUGGAGUUGGGCUGGGAACAAAGAAACUACAAUACUAUUUGUCUGAAUGUCAAAAGACGUACGAGACAAAGGCAUUGCUAGGAAUGUCCACCACUACAGGCGACUCCGAGGGAGAAAUCCUUACUCAAAACGAAAUCCAGCAUAUCACGCCGGAGUUGGUGAAACUGACAGUGAAGAGAUUUGUGGGCGAGAUCAAGCAAACGCCUCCUAUAUUCUCUGCAUUGAAAGUGAAUGGCAAACCAUUGUACGAGUAUGCAAGAGAAGGGUUGCCGUUGCCUAAACAGAUCAAGGUGAGAGAUGUCAAAGUAAAUAGUAUCCAGGUCAUUGACGACGACUUGCUAAGUACCAAUCACGAGUUUGUCAAGCUUGAAAGUGAAUUGGACGAGAACGGUGUGCCGAAAGAGCAUGCGUUGAAGAACAACCCUACACUAAACGACUCUCCAUUGUACUUUGCAGACAAGGAUGCAGUGGUGCCAAAGCCACGGCUAUUGCCAGAGGGGGAACUGCUUCCGCAAAAGUUACCCUUGCUUCACCUUAUAGCAGAUGUAUCAUCUGGAACUUAUAUAAGAAGUCUCAUUAGUGAUAUUGGACGAGCUAUGCAAUCGUCGGCAUACAUGGUAGAGCUUAUUCGAACCAAGCAAUCCGAAUGGGAACUCGAUAAAAACGUUUUCACAAUACAAGACUUUCACAAGGAGGAGAGUGUAUGGGGUCCCGUAUUGAAAAAAGUAUUGGAUCAAGGUGGUGCAAACAUUGACUUGGAAAGGGAGCUUGCAGGAAGAAAGAGAACCAUCGAUAAGGUAGAAUAA